ACACAGGUCAGCGAGCGAGAGAGCGAGGAAGCUGCAUGAAUUUGGCACAAUUUCCCCCGCCCGGAGCCUCAUACCAGCCACAGCGCCUAUGCCUGGGCGACAACAAUGAAUUCUCUCCGAAAAUGGUUCUAUAGACCACGGAAAGAUGAUCCGUCACUUAUGGCCCAGUUUUAUUAUGCUGACGAUGAGCUAAAUAUGAUCGCAGCAGAACUGGAUAGCUUCGAUGGUAGGAAAGAUCCAGAAAGAUGUACUGCUCUAGUCAACCAGCUGCGGCAAUGUCAGGACAGGGUCCUGAACAUCUGUGUAGAGAUGAUGGAUGAGGUUAUUCCCAAUGAGCGGGCAAGCCGUGACUUCCGUGUCAAGUUCCCUGACGAUGUCAUGCAGGAAAACUUGGCAGGACAGCUCUGGUUUGGGGCUGAGUGUCUGGCAGCAGGCAGCAGCAUCAUGAACAGGGAGGCUGAAAGUUCUCGCAUGAGACCCCUAGCAAAGGCAGUUACCAAGACCAUAGAAACCGUUAGAAAUCUGCUCAGGGAACAGUGCCUGAAGCCCAUGCCAGAAUAUACUGAGAAGAGUGAAUCGCUUAAGAUCUUUGACCGACUGUUUGCGGAGUUUGAGCUGAGCUAUGUAAGUGCCAUGGUGCCUGUGAAGAGUGUGGAGGAACAUGACGUGCAACAGAAUGUGGUGGUGCUGUUCUCAGAGACAGUCCAGAGGGCACUGCGAAUUGGCUUGGCCUCACAGGAUCAGAUCGAUGACUAUGAUCCAGCUCUGAUGUUCACCAUCCCACGCCUGGCCAUUGUAGCUGGCUUGGUGAUGUUUCCUGAUGGGCCCCUAAAUCUCGACCGUGAACCCCGGAAUUUGUCAGAGCUUUUCCGUCCCUUUAGGACACUACUAACCAAGAUCCGAGAGCUGCUAUGGACUAUGAGUGCAGGGGAGUUGGCUGCCCUUGAGAAAGCUCUGUGCUCUAUCGAUGAGCCUGACACUUCCCUGCCUCAGGUGUCUGAUGAGAGUUUUCCUAGUAGUGCUUAUGGCCAGGCUGCCUUCACUUCAGAAUUUGUUCAGAAGUUCUAUGCGAAUUAUCCCUCAUGCAAAUACCUCACCCCUGAGCUCAGUUCACUCUAUCAGCCAGGCAAGAAAAUGGAACGCUGUGAGAGAAAAAGGGAACGUACCUCUGGCAAGAGCAGUGGAUCACGCUCCAAGAUGAGGCAAGAGAGGCAGAGUGAGAAGUUCCUGGCCCGGCUGAAUCCCACUGCUGAGGAACGGCCAAGGGCUAGGCGGAGGUCCCGUCGCAGCCACCACCAUAGGCAUCACCAUAACCCAGCACCACUCCCUCCCCCGGACAGUGAUAGUGGGGAGGAGCACCAGUCCCAUCACCGGCGUCAUACACGGACAUUGACCCACCAUUCCCAUAGCCAGAUCCCACAGCCUCCACCUCCUCCAUAUGACCAGCACCACCAGCCUCACCCAGACCAGCAUCACACACCCCACCCACCACAGCGUCAUCAACGCUCACGCCGCUCAAGACACCAGCCUGUCACCCACAUCAAAACCAUUGCCUGCUCCUGUGGCACAGUCAGCCAGUAUGAAAGUUCAUACUAUGAGGCACACGACCCACACCACCACCAUGACAUGCACUAUGGCAACCUUCAGGCUCAAGCUCCAAAUGUUGAGGAAGGAGAGCCAAAUGUGAUACAAGAGGAGGGUAGAAACACCAACUGCAAUUCCUCCCAUGGAACUGAUCAGACUGAGAUCACCUGGAGUGAGGCUGGCCCUUCAUACACAGGAGAUCAUAUAACAGAGGUGUCUCUUAACUUUGACACUCAGGCUACUGGUAAAGACACUGAGGAUCUUACAAAAUCAGCAGCAAACAUGAGUGUCCAAGAUGUCUCAGAGAGCUCAAGAAUAGAUUGCUCGAUAUGUGGAAUGUCGCAGUCUUGCUCAUGUGAUAACCAAAAUGUUAACAGCUCAGACAGACGAUUAGAUCUAGAUAAUAUGAGAGGGGAAUUGCCCACUGUGUUAGAAUGUGAUGCUCAACAGUCAGCACUGAACCAAAGCAAUCCACCUUCCACCAGCCACACACUGGAAACAGAGACUGAGGAAGGUGUUCAUGUUACAGAGAUAGCAUCUGAAGACUGUGUGCCAACAUCAGAUAGUGUAAAUGUUGAGCAUGACCACACAGAUGCCCACACUCCCAAUACAAGUUCCUGUUCAGUCCCAGAAGAUGCAGCCAGUCCUAAAAGUGGAGCUUGUUCCAGCGGCUCAACAUCCCCCUACAACUCUGGUGCUGAGGAUGAUGAGGAGGUGGCUCUAGCUCUACAGGCAGCAGAAGUUGCAGCCACUUGGAGGGCAAGGGCAAGAUUUUCAGAUUCUCAAGACUUGAUCCAUCGGUUAUUUGUCUGCAUCUCUGGUGUUGCGGAUCAGCUUCAAACGAAUUAUGCCAGCGACUUACGCAAAAUCUUAAAGUGCGUGUUCUUGAUGAACCAGAGCCCUCUUGAGGAGUCCCCCAAGAGUGAGCACAGUGACCAGCCUGAAUGGUCUGUUGCCACACAGGACCCGGACCACAGCACAGAGGACUCCAAUGGAGGCAAUGAUUCUGAACGGCUGAGCGUGGAGAGUGCAGAAGAUGCCCUCGUGGUCAUCGGAAGCCCAGAGCAUUGUGAUGACUCGGCUGGGGAGCCUCCAGAUGCCCAGCCAGUGGAAGACUCUCCCCCCACCUCUCCUCCAUCUUCACCUUUGGCCAUUCCUCCGUCCAUUCCCUUCCCCCUCAUGUCCCCUACGUCUCCUUCCCCCCCACUGUCUUCCACGGGGACAGUAAUUCAGCCACCACACAUGUCCUCAGCAGACAUUACUGACUCUCACUCGUCAACCAUCUUGGCCUCCUCACCUCCCGUGUGUCCUCCGUCCGUGCAGGUCCCAGCAGCAAUCUUCAAUGACCAUGCACUCCUGCAGUUCUCAGAAGUUACUCAGGCAACCAUUCCUCCAAAUGUGGAUUUGCUCUCUUCUCCUCAAGUGCAUUAUACAGAGUCAUUUGGGCUUAUACCUGAGCCAUUCCCAAGGUCACAACAGGAGCAGCCUGCCUCAGUGAGAGAGAACAUUGAUGGGGCACCCUUGAGCAGCCCAGCGGAGCGUUCGAGUGACAGUGGGCGCCGAAGGCCAAGGGUGCAAGAGCCACCUGCCUGGGUGCCUGAUCAACAGGCUCCAAGAUGCAUGGCAUGUGGGGCAGCUUUCACUAUGGUCCGUAGAAGACACCACUGCAGAAAUUGUGGAAAGGUGUUUUGUGCACACUGCAGCCAGCAUGCAGUUCCUCUUCCACACUACGGUAUCUGGAAAGCAGUGAGAGUGUGCAAUGUUUGCUUCCUGUACUAUGUCACAUUCUCCACCGAGACCCCCACUCCUGCAUCCUGACCCCCUCAUGCUGCUGAUCAACUGGAGCCUCACUGCCAUCCGCACCGUUUGUGCCAUCAGUAUCAGCAAGAUCACUGAUUCCAAACAUAGUUUUGGUAAUGUGAUCAGCUUAUUUCUGCAAGUCUCCUCACAUUGGGUUUUCCUUAUUUACUACUAACAUAAAACUCAUUGACAUCAACCACGAGAGGGAACUAUGUUGUCUUAGUGACCAAUGCAACACCACCACUUUUCCAUCACCUGUGUGUGCCCGUCUCCUCUUUUUCAUUGACAGUUGAUUCUCAGGAGUCACUCAAUUGACAACACCUGUGCCAUCUCAUACCAUAAACUUUUAAAUGGUUAUGGAAUGCUGGUUGCAGCUUAGUGAGGAGAGUAUGGAUGAUAACCCAUUAGUUUAGUUGAAACAUCAUCAGUAAUAUACAUUACCAGCAUCUUAGCCUCAAGUUGAUGCCUUAUUCUUUACAUAUUUUAGGAAACCAUGGGUGUCUUGCAAUACAUACCUUAACUGGCACAUAAUGAACAAAUAUCUGUGUAGGAAGAUAUUGUUGGAAGUAGCAGGCAUGUUUACAGUACUGGAUACUGUGUAUCCAUUAAGACUUCACCAUGAGUUUUUUUUCUUUCUUUUACUUCAGAUAACUUUUCAAUAGACAGAGAUGACUUUAAUAUGUCAGUAGUACAUGCCUCCAUGGCAUGAUUUUAGAAAUAAAGUUUCCUUUAGUUUAUGUAUGUAUAUGAUGCCUAUGUAUGUGUGAGUAUGUUGUGUAUAUAGCUAUAUAGAUAUAUAUAUAUAUAUAUAUGAUUACUUCCCCCAUCAUCUGUCUUCAUUUUGCAAAAGCUUAUCAAGUUUUGUGAGUUUUUUAUGUGUUGAGAGUGAAAGAGAAUCUGCCAGCCAUUCAAUGUUCAGAUUGCUGUGAAAAAUAAAAGUAUAAAAAAAUAUAGCUGGUAGAAUUAUGAAUAACGACAGGUAUUAUAUUGGCCAAUAUAUGUUUGAUGAGCUCACAGACUUACAUAAAUGGAAGUGACAGUAGCAGAAAAUUAUAAAUUCUGAAUUUUUGAUUAGUGUUCAAAUGGCAGGCAAUAAUAGCAAAAGUAGUUGGUCCAUGACAGUAUUCAAGCUGUCACCAAAGGAAUCUCUACUGCACCUGCUUCAUCUUUCCGUUUUCAGAGAGAAACCUUAUAGUUCUUGGUCCAUUGCUGCUUGGUUUAACUUCAUUUUAUGCUAGUCGAGAGUUUCCUAAUCCUGUCUAGCCUUCAUUGUUCUUCAGGUACAUUGUAUUGCAGUCUGUAUUUUUCCUCCUCUUCGUCGAAAACAUUUUCUUUUAUUAGGUUUCACAAUGAUUAAGUAAACUUGUACAAAUGUGUAAAUGCACAAAUAAAGACAGGCAAAAAAAUUCAAACAAAUACAAACACAUUUGUACAGACACAUACACCUAUGAUAUAAUGCAAUUAUGUUCAUAGCAAUUUAUUUCACUUUGUGAUAUGUACUGAAGGUAAGAGAGGAAAUAGUUUUGCUUAUAUUUUUCUCUGUAGAUUGAAAACUUUCAGAUGCUUGUUAAGGACUUGAAAUGGAGUAUGUUAACUACUGCUGUGAAUGCUUUGUCAUAUGACAUGAGUGUGGAAGAUUGAGCAAAUGAUCUGGUAAGUUAUAAGAACAAUGGUACAGGAAAAAGUGACUAGAUCACUUCUUGGCAGUGAGAAUCAGUAUAUAAAACAGUUAGAUUUUAUUUGGUAUGUGCAGAAUAAAUGGCAUACUUUGUUUACCUAGGCUUUGUAUCAAGAAUGAAAGGUGUUUAAACAAAGUGUUGGCUCAUGCUUUGUUUAACCAGCCUUGUUUUGUGAUAUAUACUUAGUAUGACCAGGUCAUUUCCUAGUAUUGGCAUGCACUUAUGAUUAUUAUUGUUAAGCAUUAGUUUGUAUUUGUAUGAGGUCACAUCAUAGCAUGUUUGUGAUUUCUGAUGAUAAUGUAAUGCUCACUUGGAUACGUACUCUUUGUGAUUGUGACUGUCAAGUACGAAUCCUUGUGGAAGCACUUCUAAAUUGCUUAAUGACAGUUGUGUGACUGGAAUGACUAUGGUGGCCAAGUGAUCUGAGACUCUGAUUUAAAAUAUCUAGUCUUUUGAGUUGAAUCCUGGCUUUUGCUACAUUCAGAAAUCUCUAUGAAUCCAUUCAUGGUAUAGUUAGUGGUUGGUUCUUGCAAAAAAUCAUAAAGUUUUGAUAAAGGUCUUCCUCCUCCUCCUCCUUCCCCUCCUCCCCCCAUUCUCUCUCUGUUUCUUUUUUCUUUAUCUUUUAUUCCUUACUACUGUAGACAAAGAAUACUAAGUGCAUAGGUGUUGAGAAAUAUUGAUGUUUGAUGUGGCUUAGCUAACAAGUAUAGGCUUGUAUUUACCAUGACCUGAUCAUGAUUUUGUAUCAGCUUGUACUUAAAAUGACUAGGUUAUUAGAUUUUGACAGACCAUACACUUAGUCAACCCCAGGUGGCCAUCCACAGUCUUUACAAAUAGAUAAUGGUUAGUGUGUUAGAAUGUUACAACAUUAAGAAUAUAAUUAGCUCAUCCAUGCGGGAUCUGGAAGUAAAACCAAAGGAAAGACUAAAGAGCUCUGUUAUGGUCAACCCAUUUUGAGUUCUAAGUUUGUUCAGAAAAUAGUUUCGUUUUAAAUUUAUUGUUUGAGUAUUCGUCACAAGAGUGACUAUUGAAUUGUUCUUCCAUUCAGUUAUCACCUUCUUAACCCAAAGCUGCCAGGUGGUUUCCCCAAUACAAAAGCCCUCUCUCCCGGGUUGUAUUCAUUGUGGCCCAGGCCCCGCUGCCAGGGGAUUGUGACGUCACCAUGGCAUGCCCGGCAUGACCAUACAUACCCCAGGAAAACGGGACCAGCACACCAUGUUAUAUAUGCACAUGCCAUCCAGCAGCAACGGGUUAAUAAAAGGGAUUCUGAAGGAGCCUCCUAAGAAACCUGAGUUCUCAAUAUGCUGUUCAAAAGAGAGUCUAGGUUUUGUUUUUUAUGCCAUUUCUUUCUUUAUGUUUGUUUUCUUUACUUUUCUUUUUUUUUUUUUCCAUUUCUUUUUUUAUCUUCUGUUUUCUUACUUCUUUUCUCUUUUCUCUCUUCACUUUGGUCUGAUCUGAUCUUUUCUUUUCCUCCUCCUCCUUAUAUUAUUACAUUUUACCAUCAUCUUCUAAAAAUCUCCAGGCUUAUCAGGAAUAUGUAUGUGGUCAGAGUAAUGUCUAGAUUGCAAGUGUUGUGAUGGCACGAAAACUGUAAUCUGCAUUAUCUCCAAUGUUCUCUGAUCUCUUGAUUGCGGAUGCUUAGGCAGUGACUCCAUAAAAGGGGAGUUAGAUUUACCAUUGAUGAGGUAUGUGUAUAUAUUAUCCUUCAUUCCCUUGUGUUCCAAGAGUCCCUAUUAGGAAGGUCAAUAUUUUUUCAGUUUUAUGUUUUUGAAGUGAUAUUGGCAAUGUUUAAGAUAUACAAUUUUGUUCUGACUGAUGUGUGACUGUGUGUUUAUAUGUUUAUAUGUAUAAAACAAAAGUGAUUUAUGAAACUCAGUUUUAAGUUUUAAUUUUAAUUUGUUUUCAUUGGAUUACAUACCAAGAGGGGAAAAAAAGCAUAUGGGAGGUUUUCAUAACAUAACUAAUGUGAUAGAUAAUAUAAUAAGACAACUAUACAAAUUUACUUUGAUAUUAUACAAUUGAAACUGCUGACACAAUCUUCAGAUUUUUUUUUUUUUUUUAUGUUAGGAUAUAUUCAUAAUUUCUAUAUUUAUACACAUUUCGAUGACUUAUUAUUCUGCUUAAUGUACUAAUUACAACUCAUUAGUUGAAGCUGCAGCUGUUUGGGUUUACUGUUAGUGUGAAUACCCAGAUGACUCAGGUCAUGUGUUUUGGCUUUCCUUAGUUAUAAUCAGAAGAGGCACAAGUACUUCCAUAUCUUCCAUAUUUUGGCUAAAGGUAAAACUCACUUGUAACAGCCCUUCCAGUUCAUUUCAGAGAAACCAGUCAGCAAUAACAAACACAUUAUCAAGGUAACAAGUAGAGCAAAACACUUUAUAAUCAGUGUUUUUGUCAUUUGCUGGUGCUGAAUGACAGGGCUGUUGUGACUUUGCUCCUGCUGUUACCUUGGCCAUGAAAAUAGAAAAUAUAUUGUGUGUUAGUUUACAAACUUUUUUAUUUUUAAUAGUUUAAAAAAUAUUUUAGAUAUAGAUAUAUACAGUACUCUGAAGCCCCUUCUUUAAAGUGUAUUUGUUGAAUGUCAGCAGUAUUAGAUUAACUGGAUACAACUUUAAUGUUUAUAUUGUAAUCUAAAUUCCACUGAAAAGGUAGUUCUCAUGAAGGGAGUGUCCAGCUUGUGUUGCAAGUUAAUAAAGUUUUAUAUUGCUCAUGGUAAAGUUAGUAUCAGGAUUGUUAAAAUAUUUUUAUAUUUUGUUGAAAGUACAGAGAAAUGAAAACAGUAUAGUUUCUUUCCUUUAUUCCUUAUUGUCAUGUAUUUUUACUUCAAUUUUUUUAGUAACAUCCACUGGAAAAUGACAUAACGCAAGCAGGAUUUCUUUCAUGGUUUUACUGCAAAUUGUUUGGAUUUCUGACAUUUAUGAUAGUAAAUGAUGUUUUUGAGAAUGCAGCAGAGAACUCGGUAACUUAUGAAGUCUAUAGUGCCAAGGACAGGGGAGCCACAUUGGAGUUCAUAUUGGUGUGGAUAGUAACUAUUGAAUCUUGAUCUGUGCUGUACUUUAGGGAAUUCCUUAUACCAAAGAUAAAUCUUGAGGUUUUUUCUUCUUGUACAUAUUGACUUCAUUUGGAAAUGCAUCCGAUAGGGCAAGAUAAAUCUCAUUGCAGUUUUGAUUUAGAAUUCUUUAUUUACUCUAUUUUUCAAAAUCUCAAAAAUGUACCUUAACAAUUGGUCUUGAUUUUGUUUACAGAUUAAUGACAGUAAUAUGUUUAGUAAUUUGCAUCAUAUAUUCUAUCAGUUUGUCAUUUUCUUUAAGUAAGGUUGCAUAGUUUUUCAUAUAUUUUUGUUUCUUUUGAAAUUAUUUUGUCUCCUUUAUGACAUAACUUAUUAAUUUAUGAUUUAUUUGAGUAAUAUUAAUAAUAUUACUUUUUAUAUCCUGUAUUUAGUUUAAUUAUGUUUUUAUUAUUAUUAUUUUAUGAUAUUAUACUUUUGUUAAUAUCAUAAUUUUUCAACGGAUUUGUUUCCUGUUUAGCUUUAUCUGAUCUUCAUUUCUUCUACCUUUUUGUGUGUUUAUGCAUGUGCCUGUGCAUGUGCACAUGUGAUAGUGUGUGUGCUUGUUCGUGUGCAGGUGAACUAAAGUUCAUUUUAUAAGAAAUAUCUUGGAUAACAUUCCAUUUUAUUACUUUUUUUUGUUUGCUGAACACAGCUUCAGUGUUUUUUUCCUUCUGUCUUUCUUUCCUUUUUUUGUAUGAUAAAUAGAAAUGGUUAUUAACACACAGAAGUCAAGAGCCACUUUAUUUAAACAUGGGUAUCCUUACUGAGUUAAAGGAUAAUCUUGUUUCUUUUCCUCUUUUAUAUAUAAUCAAUCUGUUUGCUUCUCAGAGCAUUCUCUCUUUUGCCUUGCAUUGGAACACUUUUUUAAAAAGUCGAGACAUCAUUAUCCUGUUGCUAAGUUACACCAGGGUCAUAGGCUUUAUUGUUACAGUACCUCAUUACAUCUUAGAUGGAAAAAGACCAGGGUUGCAAAUCUGGAAAAGGUUGUUCAAUUGCUGAUAGGAUAUUUCAGUGGCUUUGCAUGCAGUAGAGAUACUUGUUGAUACCCCUCCCCCCAAAUACCACAGCAGUUUUGUUUACUGAGAAAACCCCAUGUAUAUACUUAUGUGGACAUUGCUCUUUUUAUAAAUUGUGAUAUGAGAAAGUAACCCCAGCUUUUUGUUUGUUGAAUAUAUUAGAAUUAGGUGUUACUGAUAGACUGUGUUAGGUGCAGUUGUCAUUUCUAAAUAAUGACAAACAAACUUGUAUUUGUUGAUGAUGAUAGCCAUUUAUUUUUUUAUUUUCAUUAUUCUAAUAUUAUUUUUGUCAAGGAUACAUUUGAUAUGAAUUUGUAGAACUGUUAUGUAGGGACAGUUUUCUUUGGCACCAAGUUAGGUACUGCAAAGUUUUCUUCAGAUGUAGUAUGUUUAAUUCCAGAAAGUAUAACGAAUUUAAAAUUUAAUGAUAAGUGUCAGUAUAUCCAGGUGUAUAUUUCAUAACAAAAAUAACUGAGAAAUCCCAUAAUAAUAUUAAAGGCCUUUGUUAAACUUUGUAGACUUGUUUUGAGAGGUAAAAAAUAAAAUAGUGUAGAUAAACAGUUCAAGAAAAUAACCUUUGCUGCUCAAUUGUUUUGAAUGACAGUGUAUAUGCAGAAAACUUUCUUUUUUUCCUUUUUUCAUAUUUCUUUGCACCCCAAGCUAGAUUUUCAUAUUUGCUAAAUGCAUUAUAAUACUGCUUUAUUACCGGAUUCUGAUAGUACAUCAGAUUCUCUUAAGUGUAUCCCAUAAGGCUUUCAUUUGUUUAGAUUUUAAAGUGUUUGUGCAUGAAGUCCAUGAGAGAGGAGCAAUAAUGUUAACGGUUAUGCAAGACCAUGCUGUUGAUAUUGAUUUUGUAUUUUUAUUCAUUUGAUUAUGUACUGUAUUAUAGUGCCGAUCUAAAUCUAUGCAAACAUAUGGAUAUAUUGUAAUAAAUAAAAAUAAAAAGAA